CUCUCUCCUACACGACGAGACCAAACCGAAACACUUUCUCUCUCGCCCUUCUUUCUCUUGCUCGGAAACCCUAGCCGCACGAAGACUUCGCCUCGCCCCCCACAUCGCCCCCCGCGUGAGCCUACGAGGGCGAACGAUGGCCGCGGAGAACUACUGGAGGUACGCCGACGCGCGGCAGCAGCAGGCCAUGGUGGCGGCAGCGGCGGCCGCGGCGGGGAUGGCCCCGGCAGCUACCAUUGCGCAGGCAGCGACGGCCGCGGGGGGCAUGCAGCAGCACCAGCACCAGCACCAGCAGGCGGCGAUGGCGCAACAGCAGCAGCAGCAGCAGGCGGCCGCGCCGUCUCUUAAGCGCGCGCGCCCAGACUACGGCGAUGGUCCUGGAGGACAAGAGAUGGCUGGAUAUUAUCCGCGGGAAAAUGCAGGUUACCACUCACUUAGAGACAAUGAAGCAAUUGGAGCAUCUUACGACCGCUACUUACGCAAUGGGAUGCCUUCUGUGGCAGCCAAUGAACCAAGUAGGGCAGUUGUUGGUGCCAUGGGUGGAGCUGCUAUGGUUGGUGGUGGAAUGAGUGGAUAUCCUGUUGAUGACCGCCGUAUGAUGGGUGUCGUUGGUAUGGACAGCAGAGCCAUGGGGUAUGGUGCAAGACCUGAGCCUCCUCUCCCCCCGGAUGCAUCCAACACCUUGUAUAUUGAAGGUCUGCCUGCAAACUGCACGCGCAGGGAGGUUUCACAUAUAUUCCGCCCUUUUGUUGGUUUCCGUGAAGUGAGGCUUGUCAACAAAGAGUCAAGACACCCUGGUGGAGAUCCUCAUGUCCUGUGUUUCGUUGAUUUUGAUAGCCCUGCCCAAGCUACUAUCUCACUUGAAGCCCUGCAAGGCAGAAGGGAGGAACCUAUGCGAUAGUUGCCUCUUUGGCAACUGCCUGCGGUUGGUACAAGGUGAGAUUCCCCAUAAUUAACACAUGUUAAUUAAGCUUUAACAUUCUUGCUAAUCUACACCUGUCCAUGUAAUAUCAUCAUCUUGAAAAAGUCUCCUUCAAAAACUCUUCUGGGAAAAAUGUGAGGAGUAUUGUAUGUUGCUAAACUCCUUCAAACUUGAUGGAAAGAAUAAGGAGAAAUUUAUUGAGAGGAAAACGAGAGAGGCAACAAAUGAAUCAACUCCCUUCUCUAUUAGAUGGCAUCUCCUAUUUAUAUAAGAGAAAGGACACCAUUGGAAAGGUGUCUGUUGAGAGGAGGUGCUUGUUUGGCAGGAACCGAGGUGGCAGUUUUACAACUGCCUGCAGAUAGUAUAAGUAGGGGUUAAUCCCAUAAUUAACACAUGGUUAAUUAAUUCUAGCACUCCCCCUAAUCAAUGCUUGAUCUUGUGAGCAGAAGUCUUAAAAACCCUGUGGAAAAAAAAUGAGGAUAGAUGUGUUUGAUAUGUUGUCAAAACUCCUUCAAACCCAGUAGGAAAAAUAAGGAGAAAAUGCCGCAACAUAUAAUGAUUAUUGUCUUUAUUGUCUGUUUAACUCAAUAUGAGAAAAAUCCAUAGAAUUAAAGAACAAUAAAUAUGUUAUAUACUUUUUUAAAAAUCCUGGUGGGAAAACGGAAAGUAUGACAUAUGAUCUCAUGGUUAUAUUACCUCAUUAAAAAUCUUUAUGAGAACCUGUUUAGUAAACUCAUGAAGGAAAAAAGAGUAAAAUAUGAUGCAUUGAACAGGAACAAUUCAGAAAGAUACUUCCUUUGAUUCUUGCAAAAUUAGAAGCCAUCAACAAUUUCUUGUGUUAGGAUUUAAUUAAUUCUAUUAAUCCCUACUUUUCCUGCCUCGUGUCCCUUCAGAGAUAGCCCUUCAGGGGCUAUAUAUAUGUGUAACCCAAUCAGAACAAGGAUUCACUUUCACAUCUCUUUCUCUUGUCUUUCGUUUUGCUCUUUAACACGUUAUCAGCACAAUCUCUCGCGGAGCAAUCCCAAGGAUUGAGUUUUUCCCACGACAACGCGGAAACCAGCCGCCGGCCACAUCCUCCGGCGCGUGGCGCAAAACCAAUCAAGCGAUUCGGUCUAAAAGGAAGAGAGGAGAUGCCUCUCGAUGGUGCUCUCGGCACAAAGCCAUGGAGAUUUGCUCUCGGCACAAAGCCAUGGAGAUUAGAUCGGCAACUGCCGUACAGAUGGGACAUUAUCAACAGAUUUUUAAUUCCCUUUUUGUCUUCUUGUGAUCAAUUGAUGAUCAAGCAAUAGAUUGAUUUCUCCUGUA